CCCAUUGCUUGCUCCCCAGAUUGGGCCCAUGCUCAGCACAGGAACCCCUCACAUAUUUUUGAAAAGGCAAUAAACAAUUUACAUUUGGUUUUGCGGGAGAAUCGAAGGAGUAUGAGAUACAAUUUCGAGGAGGAGGAUGGUGGCCGUCAAUCUGAAGAUGUGGAAUGGCUACCCUUACAACACCACCCUGUCUUUUCUACUCCGCCGGACAGGGAUAGGGAUGGAGACAGAGCCUUGACAAUGCCCAAAAAUCUUUUAGCUUGGGACGGAGCUUCUCGUCUCUACUUUUGGGACUCUUACAAAACCUGUCUGCAUCGACUCUCUGUUCGAUUGGGCGAACCUGAUCCUACUUCCCUCCUUGCAGCUUCUCCCUCUAAGGUACUGCAAGCUGAUGUGCAAUUGAAUUCUGAGGUUCAGCGAAUUUCCAUUAACAGAAAUGGAUCAGCACUUUUCCUAGUUGGCUUGGAUGGUUUAUACGUCAUGUAUCUCUAUGGGAGGACUUCGACAAAAGAAAAUACAAUUAUUUGCCGGACAGUUCUAGUUGGUUCAGAGAUCUACUUUGACAGAAACAACUCAAUACGCACGUUGAAGGUUUGUUGGCACCCUUACAGUGACACCCAUCUUGGAAUUCUCUCUUCUGAUUCGGUUUUCAGGGUUUUUGAUUUGUCUUCGGCCCUUGACCAGCCAGAGCAGGAGUAUUAUCUACAGCUCGUGGAGCCUGGCAGUUCGCACAAUGCUACAGCAAUCUGCCCUGUCGAUUUUUCUUUUGGGGGUGAUCAUAUGUGGGACAGGUUCAGUGUUUUCGUCUUGUUUAGUGAUGGCUCAGUUUACAUCCUAUGUCCUGUUGUUCCAUUUGGAAGUGUGUACAAAUGGGAAUCUGUACUGGAGUUAUAUAGUGAUGCUCACAUGUUUGGUCUGAAAUCAGCGAAUUCAAAAGCUGUGAAAAACUCAAAUUUGGCAAUCUCUUGGUUGGGAGCAACAUUUCCUGAACUAACUCGGAAAGAAGUUCAUGCAGAAAAUGCUGCUGUUCUUAGAGCUCAACCUUAUGCUUUAUUUGAUGCUUCAAUCUCAUUACAGGGACCUUUACGUAAAGUAAGUCAUGGUGUUGAAGAUGACUCAGUUCAUCCUCCAGUUUGUGAAGGGCGUGCUGUCAGUUUUCUUUAUGAUUUAGUUAGCAAAGAUUCUAUCCUAGUAACUGCUUGGAGUAGGGGGCAGUUGCAGAUAGAUGCUUUAGCUGAUGAAGUACAGCCUGUCUGGAAGGUUGGUAGUCCACCUCGGGUAUGUCUGGAUUCAACUGAUAGUAUAGUUGGCCUUGCAAUGAUUUGUGAGUCAUUGUCAAGUGACACCUCCAUUUUGAAGCUUGAUCUGCCACCAGAUCAUACUUUAUGGUUGGGGCAUCCACCUCCUCUUUUGAGGUUGGCUAUUGUAGAUUUAGCUCUGCCCAGAAGAAGCAGUUCUGUUUUAUCAAUGUUUGUUGAUCCCAUUAUUUCAGAAAGAAUAUAUUGCCUUCAUGAAGGAGGAGUUGAUUCAGUAGUGUUGCACUUUUUGCCUUUCACUAAUCAGACUCGUGGCAAAGAAGACAUGAUGAGAAGUCCCUCUGUGCAUCCUGUUCUUAGCACUUUCCAAGGAGAAGCAUCCUCAGCCAUCCCACUUUCUGGUUUCUUGGCUCUAUCAGAUUCUUUUGGAGAUUCAUGGAUUGUGGGUCUUACCCCUUCUAAUGAGUGUAUAGUGGUUGAGAUGGAGACUUGGAAUACACUUCUUCCCCCAAUUAUUGAUAAGGUUAACAAACUCAUAGGUGCAGAAGUGCCAAAAGAUACAGAUUCUACUAUCAUAAGCAAAGAGCUCCUUACUGGACCCGGGGUAGUUCUUUUGCCCCCUUCAUCACCUCAUUUGCGCUCAGUUGCUGCGGAUUCAAUUGAAGGCCGAUCAACCCUUCAUCAAUAUUUCAAGCUUUUUCAUGAAAACUAUGUGGAAUAUGCCCACAAGGUGUACUUUGAGCUUCAACAUCAUGCACCUCAUGUAAAAAAGAUCCUCGAUGAUCAGCAUUCUCGAUUAUGUAAAGCACAGCAAAAGAUUUUGGAAGUUGAAAGGAAACAGGAAAACAUCGAGGAUCGUGUUGAGCAUGCAGUUCAGUUUCACGGUGAGCUAGAAGAGUGCUUGCAAAGCCUGAGACACCUGCCGGCAGCACAUAAGAGAUCUCUAUCUAAAGCUGAACGCGAGUUUAAGUCUGAACUUGACAGAUUUAGGGGAGUGGAGUUGGAUGCUCUACGCUCUUCUAUUGAAGCAGUAAAUGCCAGGUUGAAAAGAUACACACAUUCUCUACAGGCCAACCGAUCAAAUGAAGAGCGACAAGUAUCAGUGAGGAGAACAAGGCAUGUCGAAGAAAAUGAAAUGUCACUGCUUAAAGCAUCACUUGAAAAGCUGUCAGUCGUGAACAGUGAAAAUGCAAAGAAGGUUAAAGUAGUUGAAUCGGCGCUGAAAGGCCGUGAAAUAGGCACUUGAUGAUCGUAUGUUGAUAUUUGCUUGUGAUGCACAAGUCAAAAGUUGUUGAUACCCAACUUGAUUGCCUUUGUGACUAGUAAGUGUGUUAUUGCCAAAAUUAUAUCAUUCUCUUAACUGAAAUUACGAGUCGAAGUAGGUUACUGGUGCAAAAGCAAUUUGUAUAUGCAGACAUCAAUGACAUGAGCAUUG